AUGGCGCGCCGAGGGCAUGGCCUGGGCGCGCGGUUGUGCACCCUGUGGGUGGCCUACCUGCUGCUGCUUCACCCUGCGGCGGCGCUGUACCACACGGCCAGCGAGACGCUGCACUGGUUUGCCCACACCGCCCGCAAGCUCCCUGAUCGGAUGCGUUAUACAACCCUUACGGAGGACCCGACGCGCGCCGGCGUCCCGUUAGCAACCCUCGGCCGCCGCCCCGGCACCGCGAGCGCACCCGGCGCGCCCCCGCCGCCGCGGGUGAUAUUCGUGUUUGGCGAGCACUGCCGAGAGAUCAUAACGACGGAGGUCGGCCUGUGGCUGGCGCGCCUGCUAGUCGACGACGACAGCGGCGUGCGGCUGUGGCCGGAGCUGCACUCGGCGCUAGAGCGCGCGGGGGAGGCGCCGGCCAGCGCGGGCGCAAUCGGGGCGGCGGGCGCGUGGCCGGACACGAUCGACGCGUGGGCCAGCGAGGUUCUGGAGCAGCUGAGCAUCCAGAUCGUGCCCAUUGAGAGUGUAGAGGGGCGCCGCCUCGUUGAGGCAGGGCAGCUGUGCAUGCGCAAGACCCCGGUCACGAACGUGGACCUGAACCGCAACUGGCCGUUCGCAUGGCAGCGCGUCGCGGACCCGGCUGACGAGCAGUAUGGCGGCCCCAGGCCCCUCAGCGAGCCCCAGUCGCGGCUGGUGAAGCGGCUGAUCGAUGAGAGCCCCGUUGCCGCCUACCUGAACGUGCACAGCGGCGAGUGGGCGCUCUACACGCCCUGGGACUCCAAGCCGGCCUAUGGGUCUGGCCUGCCGCCGGACCUGCCAGGCCUGGUGGCAAAGCUGGGGGACGUCUGCCGCUGCAUGGCGGGGCCCGCAGGGGCAGUCUCGGGGUACCUGGCGUUUGGCUCGUCGAUGGACUACGCCUACGUCAACUCGAAGACGCCGUACCCGCUUACCGUCGAGGUCUAUGGCUCGAACCAACAGGGCAAGCUCAAGAACGGCGCCAAGAACAAGCCCCUUGGAUCAUUCCCAAUUGUGUACGUCAAGCCAGAGGCAAUCGCGAAUUCCAGCAGCGGCAGUAGCAGCAGCAGUGGAAGCAGCAACACCUCCUCCAAGGAGCUGCGGCAAUGCUUUGAGAUCUUCAACCCAGUGGACGAGGCGACCUACCGCGAGGUUGUGGGCGACUGGCUGGCCGCCUUCCUGAUCGUUCUGCGCCACGUGGCCAAGCACGUGGCACCUGGAUCGGCCCGGCAGUUGGGCUAG